AUGAAGGUAUUGCAAACUCCACUCCUGGUCAGACUGUUAAUUACUCUGAACCCAAGCCAGGAUCAUCCCAUCAAAUUGAACCAAUGCCAAGGCCUUCCGAUAACAUCGAACAAAUUCCAGGGCCUUCCCAUCAAAUUAAACCAAUUCCAGGGCCUUUACAUCAAAUUUAAUCAAUUCCAGGGCCUUCGCAUCAAAUUGAACCAAUUCCAGGGCCUUCCAACACACCAACUUCUUUCUAAGAGAUUUUGGAGAAAAACAAUUUGUACCGGCACAGAAAUUUUCACAACCGAAGAUUAUUUUAAACGCAAAGAGAAGGAGGAAGAAGAAAGAAGACUACUGAAGGAAAAAAGUAGUGAGUCAUCUUCAAAUACAUCUUUGGAAAAAGAAUUAGAGGUAAACUAUGUUGACGAAGAGUGCGAUCUGAUUGACGAUGAGUUUCCAUCUUUAGAAGAUGAAGAACGUUUAGAUGAAAACAGAAAACAAAAAUUGGAGGAAAUCGAAGAAGAACCAGGGCUACGUGAAAAAAAUACAUCACAAGAGAUACAAACAGAAAAUGUAAUGGAAGACGAAAUAGAUUACAAUCACAUGGAUGUAGAGAUCUCUGAUCUUGUUAUUUGCAAUUUUAUUUAUAAUAAAGGAACAAAAAAAGAAACACAAAAAGAAUUUGUAUGUAAAUAA